UCAACCCACACCACCCCGUCAACUACCACCAGCCGACGCCCCCAUACCACCCACGAAGAAAAAGCCCUAAAUCGUCUUCUUCGCGAGAAGUCAAAGCUAUCAGCGAAGUUGGCGAAGCAAAUGGAAAAGGAGGAGCGGAAGCGAUCGAAAGAUGGAGAGAAGGAAAAGAAACUGCUAGAAAAACAUUUAAAAGAGGUAGAAAAACGCGAGGACCGUUAUCGCAAGGAUAUAGAGAAGGCGAAGCGGAGGGAGGAGAAACGGGAGAGGAAAGAGGGGAGGGAUAGACGAGAGAUUGGGGAAUUGAAAAAGGUGGUAGAAGGUUUGACGAGAGAGAAUCUGGACUUGAGAGCGAGAGUCGAGGAGUUGGAAAGGAAAGAACAGAGGGCUAGUGAGAAAGUGUGGGAGGAUGUUGCCGUAGGCUCUAAAGCUUGAUUAAGCCUUUCCUUUGUUCCUAUCUUUUCGCCUUUGGUUUGUGUAUUCUACAAUGGGUUGGGCGUUGCGGGAUGUGGAUGGCUGGGUAGUUUAUAUCAUACCUUGCGUGCUAGUAUAACUUGACGGAUUUUGAUGGA